AUGGAUCCCGAUGAGCCUUACUACAUGGCAUGGGAGCGAUUCCAAACCUUGCUUAGCAAGUGCCCCCAACAUGGUCUUUCUGAAUGGGCUCUAGUGGAGAAAUUUUAUAAUGGUCUCACUCCUGACACUCAACUGAUGUUUAAUACUGCCGCUGGAGGUUGUAUAAUGGACAAAAAGGACCCAACUGAGUGUGAGGAAAUGUUUGAGAGUUUUGCUAUGGUCGGUCAACAGAGCCAUCCUACUAGGAAUUCCAUUCCUUCUACUAGGACCACCUCCUCUGCUAGAGGUGUGUAUCAGGUCACUCCUGACACUAGUUUGGCUGCUGAGUUAGAGGCUUUGAAGGGGGAGAUGAGGGAAAUGAAGUUGAAGGAUCGGAAGUGUGAGAUAUGUCUUGGAGGACAUGAGACAGCUGAUUGCCCCGUGGGAUCACAAGAAGAGGUCGACUAUAUUUCCAACCCGAAUAACCGUUUCCAAAAUGCUGCAUCUAAUAAUUCUUAUAAUUCGGGUUGGAAAAAUCAAUCCAACUGGAGGUCGGGAGGAAACUCUUCAGGGUUCCAACAGCAAUCUUCGAGUGGAUCAUCAUCUGGUACUGAGUUCAAGGAGCUGAAGGACAUUCUACUUGCUCAAAGUCAACAGCUGAACCAGUAUAUGACUUCCAAUAAUCAGCGACACGAGGAGCACGAUCAUAUGUUUAAAAAUCAAGGAGCUUCAUUGCAGAAUUUGGAGAGACAGAUGGGGGAGAUGGCGAGACAGUUACAGCAGAGGCCACAAGGUGGAUUACCGGGUAACACCGUUCCUAAUCCUAAUUCUCAUGCUCAUGCCAAAGAUGUCAUGACUAGGAGUGGCAGAGAGGCCAUAGUUGAUCAACCGUUGGUAGAUGAAGAGCCGGUUGAUGAGGGGAUAGAGAUGGAGACCCCCACUGGCAAAGUGCAACCCAGGCUAGCCCCAGCAAGUACCGCACAGUCCAGUGAGUCUCAGCAGAAGAAGAAGGAGCCCGUUCGUGAUUACUCAUCUAUUCCUUUUCCGGGCAGAUUGAAGAGAGAGAAGGAAGCGGAGCAGUUCUCUAGAUUCUUAGGUUUGUUUAAGAAGCUCCAUAUUAAUCUUCCUUUUGUAGAGGCUCUAGCACAUAUGCCUAAGUAUGCCAAAUUCCUGAAGGACAUUCUUAGUAAUAAGAAGAAAUUGGAGGAGUUAUCACAUGUGUCUUUGAGUGAGGAGUGCUCGGUAGUUCUUCAGAAUCGUCUUCCCAAGAAAAUGACUGAUCCGGGCAGCUUUACUAUUCCAUGCUUGAUUGGUGAUCUAUCAGUCAGCAAUGCCAUGGCCGACCUGGGAGCUAGCAUAAAUUUGAUGCCCUAUGCAGUGUUUGCUAAGCUCAACCUAGGCGAGCCUGCUCCUACUCAUAUGAGUCUCCAGCUUGCGGAUCGGUCAGUGAAAUAUUCGCGAGGGAUUGUGGAAAACAUGUUGGUGAAAGUCGACAAGUUUGUUUUCCCUGUUGACUUCGUGAUCCUGGACAUGGAUGAGGAUGCUCAUGUUCCUUUGAUUCUAGGUCGACCAUUCCUAGCUACCGCAAGAGCAUUGAUUUAUGUUUAUGAUGGUAAGCUAACGCUUCCGUAG